UCAUCCUUAGUCCCUGCGUCCUCCACCCUAUCUCCCUUGUUUACUUUCACGCAACCCCCUCCACAUUCUCUUACACAGUUCUGACAACCCGCCAUCCCCUUUCCCCUCUUAAUCUCCUUAGUUAAAAGUUGGGAACCAAGCGUCUAUUCGGGCUGAGUUUACCAGGAUACUCCUUUCCCUCCCCCUCCCUCCCGGUUCCCAUUCCUUGAUUAGUUAUUGGCUCCUGGACUUUUUCAGACAGUAAAACCAGGCUGAGUACAGCUCUUUGGCCUUAAUCUGCAUGUCCGCCUCUACCUUUGUGGGAAUUAGAUUAGCUGAGUGUGGUUGGACUCUGCCACCAAGAAUAAGCCAUAUGGAACCAGCAAAGAAAAUAGACCCUUGAGGAAAGGGCGGAGGAGGCUGACCGCCGCGGCAGCCCAGUCUGUCUUUCCGACUGCAGUUAGACAUGACAGACGGAGGCCGGAAUCUGGUGUACCUGGUGACAGGGGGCUGCGGCUUCUUGGGGGAACAUAUGAUUAGGACCCUGCUGGAGAUGGAGCCGCGGCUCAAAGAGCUUCGGGUGUUUGACCUUCACCUGGGGCCCUGGCUGGAGGCAUUAAACCCAGGGUCUGUGCAGGUGACUCCGAUACAGGGGGAUGUGACUCGUGCAGAGGAUGUGGUAGCGGCUGUAGCUGGAACAGACGUAGUCAUUCACAUGGCUGGGCUGGUGGAUGUGUGGGGACAGAAUGACCCUGAGGUCAUCCACAGAGUUAAUGUUCAGGGGACUCAGAAUGUGAUUGAAGCCUGUGUGCAGACUGGAACUCGGUUCCUGGUGUACACUAGCAGCAUGGAAGCACUGGGACCCAACAAGAAGAGACAGCCCUUCUACCGGGGCAAUGAAGACACUCCCUAUGAGGUGAUACACACAGAGCCCUAUCCCCGAAGCAAGGCUCUGGCAGAGAGGCUAGUCCUUGAGGCCAAUGGGAGAAAGGUGCGGGGUGGACUUCCCUUGGUAACAUGCGCUCUGCGUCCCACGGGGAUCUUCGGUGAGGGCCACGAGCUGAUGCUCAGCUUUUAUGAGAAGGCCCAGAAUACUGGAGGGUGGCUCCUCAGAUCCAUCCCUCCCGCUGUGGAACACGGCCGAGUUUAUGCAGGCAAUGUUGCUUGGAUGCAUACACUGGCAGCUAGAGAGCUGGGCUCCAGACCCUCCACAAUGGGCGGGCAAGUCUACUUCUGCUAUGAUGACUCCCCUUAUAAGAGCUACGAGGACUUCAACAUGGAAAUCCUGGGCCGCUGUGGCAUUCGCAUCCUGGGGACUCGGCCCCUUCUGCCCUACUGCCUGCUAUUCUUCCUGGCUACCCUCAAUGCUUUCUUGCAAUGGUUACUCCGACCUUUGGUGGUCUAUACAGCUCUCUUGAACCCCUAUACCCUAGCCACAGCCAACACCACUUUCACUGUGUGCACAGACAAGGCCCAGAGGCAUUUUGGCUAUCAGCCCCUCUAUGGCUGGGAGGAAAGUAGAGACCGAACUGUUUCCUGGGUGAAGACCAAGAAGGGGUGCUCUGGCCCCCGUCAUUGAGACAAGACCCUGGAUACAGGAGAUCCUAGGCUUUAAAUUCCACCCCAACCAGGGGCUCUCCUCACCUAGUGACUGAGUCCUGAGUGAAGGUUACCCUGGUUUCCCAUAAAUGAUCCUAUCUAGGGGACUUUUCACAUAAAGAUCAAACCCUAAGAAGUGUGACAAGUCUCAUACUUUUAGAUUCCUUUCUCUUAACCUUACAGAGGGAAAUUCCAAGCAUGUUGCUACUAGGAACAGAGCUAGAGCUGGGAAAAGGUAGACCUGAGGCUAAAUGCCAUUUUCUGACCCGCGUCCAGAGGAUCCCCAUCCCUCUCCACUGUGCUUGAAAAGACGGCUUUGGAGAGAGACGGAUCAGAAUUCUAGAUGGCAUCCAGGGCCUCUCCAGGCCCUUUCCUACCCACUGCCACCCUGGGCCCGGUGACAGCAGCUCCUGGAUUCCUAAGAGCGCCCAGGGAUAUAGACCUGGCCUCCCAACCCUAGCCACAAACUCCGGGCCAGCUGAGAAGCAGGGACAGGCACACUCUGUGGUGCUUUUGCUAUCUUGUUGGAACCCACCAUAAGGGGGAACCCACCCGCUUGCCAUCUUUACCAUAGUAUCAGACCUCCGCAGUCACUUCAAUAUUAAAUGUAUUGGGCCUUUGUUUCUCGUUUCUAAAUAAAUGAAUUUAUCCUGCCCCA